UCAGUGCCCUGAAGGCUUUCGUAGUGUAUGAUUGUCUAUAUCGUCUGCCCUCUUUAAGUUUCUCGUGUGUCGUAUUCUACUGUCACCGUUCAUCGGGCGAUUUUUUAUAUAUAUCUGGAUUCUCUACACUGCAAAUCGUUUCUGCAAUGCCCAGGAAGAAAGGCUUUAUCAAGAGAAUGGCCGAAGCAGCUGAGAAAGCGAGAGAGAUGAAAAGGAGGAAGCUGGAAGAGCGACGAGCAUCGGCCAUUCUACCUCCACCACCAACAGCUGAUCCUCACCAACCAUCUACGAGCCAUGCGACCGCCACCACACCACCACCACCACCUCCCUCCACCACUCGUGCUCCAACACAAACCCUCACCAGUGCAAUGCGUAGAAAGAUCGGUAUUCAAAAAACAGAAAAAGAAGUAAAAAAUAUUGAAACUGUAUUCUUGAGGAGAAGUAAUUUAGUAGAUAUUGCAGAUAAUGUAGCCUGCUCUGUGUGCUUUGAAAAUAGUGUGAAGGCGGUUGUUGUGAAAAGACAUUUGGACACUCGAGUAAGAAUGUUUUGUACAAAGUGUAAAUUUACUGUUUUUGAUAAUAAUGCUGAAAACUACCAGUCUGUGAAAACUAAAGGUGUUCAUGUUAUGACAACAAUUCUUGUAUAUAUUAUGAUGCAUUUUGGUUUUGGUUAUUCAUUAUUUAGGAGAGUUUGCAGUUAUUUAUUUUUGAGGGUUGUGAGUUGUAAAGUAUAUAAACGUUAUGCAGAUCUUGUGAACGAAAUGGCAAAGGUGAAGGUGCAAGAAGCCCUAGAAAAAAGCAGAAAGGCAACAGUUGAAUAUUAUAGAACUAAUUAUCCAGAACGUGUGGGAGAGGAUGGGGUAGUGAAUAUAGAUGUAUCUUAUGACGGCUCUUGGCACAAGAGAGGCCAGACUUCCAGGUAUUUUUUUGGUGCCGUUAUUGAGGGACAUGUUGGCCGUGUUAUCGAUUAUAUAACGCUUUGUUCCGAGUGUGAACCUUGUACUAAGAAGCAAAAUCUUGUGAAGAAUAAGGAAUGGACACAGGAGAAGUAUAAUCGUUGGUAUGGCAAGCAUGCUCCUGAGUGUGCCAUAAAUUAUAAAGGUACUUCUGGGAGUAUGGAACCAACUGCUGCAGAAAAGUUAUGGGCAAGGUCAGAAGGCGUAGGUUUUCGAUACGUUAGGUUCAUCUCUGAUGGUGAUACGAAGACUUUUAAAACUAUCAGAGACAUGAAUAAUGGACAAGGCCCUUAUGGUUCUGCACAUGACGUUGUGAGAUGCCUGCGUGGGAAAACGCAAAACCCCAAUGUUCACAGCAGAGUUUGGCGUAUGUGUCCCAAACACAAAAAUGUAAAAAUGAGGUAUGUAGAUUUUGCGGCCGCCCAAGCUGUUUCUACCCACAACAUGGGGCAUGAAGAAAGUAAUUUGAAUAAAUUGCUUGGCCUUCCUUUUACUGAAUAUUUGCUCAAGUGCUUGCAGACUCAAGACCAGAGGAUGGAUGAACCAUUAAAGAAAAAAGCUAGGAGGAGGUUGAAGGCGGACAAGGGCUACUCUGCAGGAGCAUACUUAAAAUAGUCGCCGUGGGAUGUGUCAACUUUAAAUGCCAUUUUCUCAAAAAUUUUGCAUUCAUCAGAUAGGAGAAGAGUCCAGGUAUAAAGAGUGCUUUAAAAUAAAAUUUUCAAUU